CAUUACAGAACGACAAACAGUUGUUUACCUAGUCAGCUGUUUAUUGUGUACAAUUUUAAAACUUGUGAAGAGGGAAUUUCCAAAAAGUACCGUCCGUGACUCAUGAAAUGAGCUCAAACAAUUAAAAAAAAAAAACGCUCGUAUAGUAUUUGCCAUGAUCUUGGGGUGUGCUAGAAACAAUGUCCAAUAUUGUUGCGAAAAUGGUUGUAUUAGGAGAUCCUGGCGUCGGGAAAACCAGUAUUGUUACCAGAUAUGUUGAAAAGAGAGUCCAUAACAUUCCCCCUACAGUGGGUGCUUCGUUCUUCACAACUAAAGUUAAUAUUAAAGGUUUGGCUGUUGAAUUGCAGGUCUGGGAUACAGCAGGCCAGGAACGAUUCAAAGCCAUUGUACCAUUAUUUUAUAGAAAUGCUACUGCAGCAAUUAUAGUGUUUGAUAUCACCGCACGCCGGUCAUUUGACAACAUGAAGUCUUGGGUCUCAGAAUUAAAAAGAAAUUCUGAGAAUCCCAUCAUAUUAUCUAUUGUUGGAAAUAAGUCUGACUUAUCAGACAAAAGAGAAGUUACCAGAGAUGAGGGUCUGGUAUAUGCCAACAGUGUAGGUGCUUCGUAUACCGAGUGUUCGGCAUGUAACAAUCAGGGCAUUGACCAAAUAUUCAGCGAUGUUGCCAGGAAGUUAAUUCAAAUUUCCGGCAUGGUACCAUCGUACAGCGAGUCAGAUAACGAAGAAAAUGGAACAAUGUUCGCCAAUGCGACCGAUUUGAACGCUACUGACACAGCAGUGACCGAAACUCCAAGUUGGAGCAUUGGUAGCAUUGCACAUGGACAAGUCAUAAACAAAGGCUGUUGUUAAUUAAAUUCUAGGUAGAACACACAACACGUUUUCUUCUUUAUUUUUUAUUAUUUUUUAUUUUGACAAUGUUACACAUCCAUGUAUAUCCAUAUUUAAUGUUAAUGUAAAGUAUGGUGCUCACUUUGUGUUCUUUUACAAAUGUAUGUAGGGCAAACAGGUAGACGUUUCGUGUAGUCGUUACGUUUUUUAUUUGAUUUGACUGCUCUAUCGUAUGAUUUGUACAAUUUUUUAAAAUUUUUACAGUGAUACUGUUUCGUCUUCCUUACUUUUGGGUUUUGUUACAAUUCAAAAACUUUCCAUCAUAUUUUGUUAAAUUUUAUCUUUACCGUAUUCAGUAACUAUCUACAGCGUAAUAAGUAGUUAAAACCGUGAGGGAUAAUUACUGAAUAUUGAGUAACGAUAAAACCUAACGAAACAUGAGAAAAGUUUUGGAAUUGUAACAAAACUCAAAAGUAUGGAAGACGAAAAAUGUAUAGUAGGUACUUAUUUAAUAAUGGUACUAGACACCGUAUCUGUAAAUUUUGUAGUUUUAUAAAACUAAGUGUUCUACUUCAUUAUUGUUUUAAAAGCACAUGUGGUAUCUUUUAGCGAAUUAUUGUUAGCAAUAAUUGUUCUAAUGUGAUAUACUUACUUAAUACCACAUUAGUUGGUUUUUUAUUACAUUUCAAAUAAAGGCGAUGCAAGAAAA